GUUUUGGGAGCAGAUUUAAAGAAAAGAGUGAAAGAUACAAAACAAGAAGUACUUAUGAGACAUGGUUUGACACAUUGUUAAGCUGUGGAUAAAGGUAAAAGGGCCUGAAAAAUGAUGGUUUUUAUGCUGUUGACAAAGACGGAGGAUGAGUGAGUGGAACAGAUGGUGAGGUUGCCAGAGGAAAAGACAAAGGGAGUUCUAAUGGUGGUGAGGAGAGAUUCAGAUGCAAAAUAUACAUACAUAAUAGUGACAGAGAAUGGCGCAAGUUAAAAUUCAGACUGCAGUAAACCUAUCUGGAUCUACCCUGGGAGCUACAGUACAGUCAACAACGGUUACCAGCGCAGGUCCUCUGGCUCUGCAGUCUUCUGUGAAUGGAUCAGUCCCAGCCUCACAUACCAUCUGUGUUAGUCCUGCAGCUGGGCUUGUGGAUUCUACUGUUUCUAUUAAUAACUCACUAGUUUCUUUCCAGGAUAACAUGGCAAACCCCAAAGAGAAAACCCCAAUGUGCCUGGUGAAUGAGUUAGCCCGUUUCAACAGAAUCCAGCCCCAGUACAAGCUCCUGGAUGAAAGAGGGCCUGCCCAUGCCAAGAUCUUCACUGUACAGUUGACUCUUGGAGAUCAAAGCUGGGAAGCAGAAGGAAGUAGUAUUAAAAAGGCUCAACAUGCUGCUGCAGCCAAAGCACUGAGUGAGACUAAUCUCCCAAAACCAUGUCCACGGCCACCAAAAACUAUUAUGAAUAAUAAUCCAGGUAGUAUAACACCAACUGUAGAGCUGAAUGGUCUUGCGAUGAAGAGAGGAGAACCUGCUAUCUAUAGACCACUGGAGCCAAAGCCACUGCCCAACUACAGAGCCAACUAUAACUUUAAGGGCAUGUACAAUCAAAGGAACAGUCGAGAAAAAGUGAAUCAUUAUGUUGAAGUAGCUUAUAGUGAAGAAAUUUCAAAUGAAGAGGAAGAAACUGAUAUCAACAAGUCUGAAAUCAGCUUGGUAUUUGAGAUUGCGUUGAAGCGCAACUUGCCUGUCAAUUUUGAGGUAACUAGAGAAAGUGGUCCUCCUCACAUGAAGAGCUUUGUCACUCGUGUUGCAGUUGGCGAGUUUACAGCGGAAGGAGAAGGAAACAGUAAAAAACUUUCGAAAAAACGAGCAGCAAUAACUGUCCUCCAAGAGCUGAAGAAACUUCCUCCCCUGCCAGUGAUUGAAAAACCAAAAACUCAUUAUAAAAAACGACCCAAAUCUAUACUGAAGACGGGUCCAGAAUAUGGACAGGGUAUGAAUCCCAUCAGUCGAUUAGCCCAGAUACAGCAAGCAAAGAAGGAGAAAGAACCUGAAUAUCUUCUGUUAUCUGAAAAAGGUCUGCCACGUCGCAGGGAGUUUGUAAUGCAGGUCAUGGUGGGCACUGAGGUGACGACAGGUACCGGUCCUAACAAGAAAGUUGCAAAGCGGAAUGCUGCAGAAGCCAUGUUGUUGCAGCUUGGCUACAAAGCAUCAACCCCUACUCAAAAUCCAGAGGAAAAGCCAGUUGAAAAGAGCUGGGAUGGACGCAAGGUGACUUUUGCAGAUCAACCAAAUAGCACCCAAAAGGGAAUUCUGCAUCUUUCCCCUGAUAUUUAUCAAGAAAUGGAAGCAAGUCGCAACAAGGCAGCUCCUGCAAUGAACUGUUUGACGUCUAAAGAAAUAAACCAUGGAUGUAGUUCCUUCUUCAGCACUACCAGCAAUACAGCGACCAUUGCAAGGGAACUUCUGUUGAAUGGAACAUCCCCAACUGCAGAAGCUAUAAGCUUGAAAGGAAAAGUAUCUGCAUCCCCCUGUUCAGCAGUACAGCCCUCUCAACAACUAGAGUACUUAGCCAGAAUCCAAGGUUUUCAGGUGCAAUACAGUGAUAUGCAGAACGGCAAAGAAUGUAUGACAUACCUGACACUGUCACCUGUGCAAAUAACUUUUCAUGGCAUUGGAAGCUCCAUUGAAGCCAGCCGUGAUCAGGCAGCUUUAAGUGCCUUGAAACAGCUAUCUGAACAAGGUCUUGACCCAGUGGAAGGUGCAAUCAAUAUAGAAAAUGGACCCACUGAAAUACAAGUCAAACAUCUGGCACAGAAAGCGGAUCAUAAACAGACUAGCUCAGGCACCACAGCUCAGGACUGCAAGGAUUCAAAGGCUGUCGUCAAGGAGCCUGUAGCACCCACGGCUGCCACUGUGUCCUUAUAAACCUGUCAACACGCGAUAGGGUGUAUGUGUAUGAAGAAAUGACCAAUACCAUUAUAUGAAUUUAUGUGAAGACAACACUAACAGAUUGCAAGUGAAAAAAAAUGCAUGGUGCAAUUAAUUUGCAAGGGAAAUGAGCAGACUGUAUCGAUUCCCUUUUGCAAUGAAAAAUAAAUACUUGUGUUGGUUGCCUGUUAGCAGUAGAUUUGCGCUCAUCCUCUGAGCUCAUAUAUCAAUUUUUAGUGGAAAGUGAUUUUUUAAAAAAGUUGAUAAGAUAAAUAUACUUCAGCACCAUUGGCUAUAAAUACUUCACCAUUGUUUCAGUAACAACCAAUUUUUCUUACUGUAGCUUGAGUUUCAGCUUUUUAUGAUGCUUGAGUAAAGUUAACCAAUGGCAGUGCCGUGAGAGUUGUAGUUGUUGUCUUCAUAUAUAGUCAUUUAGCUUAUCUUUUUAUGCUGAUAUAAGCAUUUGUCAUACUAUAUGCAUAUAUAUGAUAAAGAUAUACAGACUGCUACUCAAGAGUUGUAUGCAAAGGUAAAAACGGAAUCAUAAAGAAAAAUGCUUAUUGAUACAUGAACUGAUGUUAGCACUGAUCAGUAGAGGUUAUAAGAUUAUACUCCAGGAAAGCAGUUAUGGUGUUUGAUUUUCAUUACUGUUACAGAGGUUUAAGGUGUCUUACCUAGCAGUAACAUUUUGUAUCCUUUGCUCAUCUGUUCUGUGAAGCACAUCUACACCCAUUCUGUGUGUUGUACAACCUACCAUGUGCAUCAACUGAGUGUUUUUAAUAACUGCAUUCGGACCUGGAUAAACAAAGUAAUCUUAGUAGAAAGGUCCACGUAUACUGUAAAAAAAUCUCACAGUGAUAUAUUUAAAAUAUGCUGGUUAUGAGUAAUCUGUGAUAAUUGGGCAGAAGGUGUCAAUCUUGGUUGAAUUUUUAUAUGGAUUAGUUUUGAAUCAAUGAUUGGUCAAAUGCAGUAAAACCACAUCAGUUCAUGUGUAA